GCCAUCUUGCAAUGUGGGCAAAAAGAGGCCACUUUUUAUGGCUGACGAAUAAAACGGAGCGGUUUGCUGAGUACAGGAAGCGGCGAGCGUUUGUAUGUUAGUCAUGGAGGAGAACGGCGAUGAAGCUGUACUCGCCACAUGUUCCUCCUCAGGCACCUCUUCCACCCCCACCCCUGCAGCACUUGGAUCCAGUGCUCAAUCCCAAACCCAGGAAGGCCUUAGGGAGGUGGCCUGCCAAAGUUUUCAGCAGAAACAAGCUGCCGACUCUCUCAUCCAGGUCAUUGAGAAGCUCAGCAAAAUCGUCAAACACCCACAGCACCGCUGCAUCCUGGCUGGACAGAAGCGGUCGUUGCACCAGUCCUCAUGUGCAGCAUGCAGAGGAGGGGAAGAGAGAAGAAACCGGAGCAGAGGAGCUUCACCAGCUAACAAACUGAGGAAGACCUGUAAAGCUGAUGGCAGAGUGGAGGAACUGAAAGUAGAUGCUGACAUUGCUGACUGCACUCUUCUGCCAUCUGUCUCAGGUGACGGUAAUGCCAAAACCACAGCUGCAGAGAUGACAAGCACCAGGGAGCCGCACCGGACGACGACGUGUUAUCAGUGCAGCCUGUGCCGCCAUCUUUCCCCGACACUGGCGCUGCUCAAAGAGCACCUGAAGCAACACAACGAACACCACAGCGACCUCAUCCUUAUGUGCUCUGAGUGUCACUACACCUCCCAAGACCAGAGCAAACUAGAGGCGCAGUCAGGCUCCACUAUGGACAAUGGAGGCAACCCGACGAAGAAUCCCAUUCUGCCAGAUUCUCACAGUGAGCCAAAGAAGAGUUUUCCAAAAGAAGCUCAAGAAUGGCUGGGGUUUGAAAGUUCAAGGAGUAGCAGCUCUAAGGAGGCACUCCAACAGAAGAAGAAAUGGUACAGUUACGAGGAGUAUGGAUUGUACCGUUGUCUGAUCUGCAGCUACAUGUGUGGUCAGCAGCGAAUGCUCAAGGACACCGCGUGGAAGCAUGCUGGCCUGGUUGACUGUUCCUACCCCAUCUUCGAAGAUGAGCAAGAGGUGCCAACUAGAAGAGAGACCCAGGUGUCAGCAGUGCUCCCUGCUAAAACAACUGCAGCCAGGGAGGAGGUAGUAGUCCUCUCCUCGGUUCUCCAAGGAGAGCACUUGCAAAAAAUAUCCUCCGCUUUUGAGCUGCAGAUGCACGUGCCGUUGACUGCACAAGACAAAAGUGAUGUGAUGAAUCAUCCCGUUUCAAAUCCCAGUGGGAGCCCGAAAACCGGAGAGGCGGAAAUUAUAUACCCCAUCAAGGAGGAGGAGCCUGUGGUUGAGGUGCAAGUGACUACGGAGGCCAAGGUGGAAAGUGAAGGUGCCUAUAACGAUGCCUUGACUGCAGACACCUUACUGUCAUCAGCUCAAAAGAUUAUAAACAGCAGUCCGAACAGUGUCGGCCACAUGAAUGUGAUUGUAGAACGCCUGCCUUCUGCUGAAGAUGCACUCAUGUCAACCAACCCUCUUCUUCUCAACCCAGACUUGGAUGGGGAUGAGAGCCUACUGGAUGCAGUGGAGCAGGGUAACAUUAAACCUGCUGCCCAUAAAAACACCAAGGAAGACAAUGGCAAUGGCGCUAACAGUAACGAGGGUCAGCAGUCAGGGCACGAUAUUAAGUCCUCCAUCAGUUUAUGUAACGACUCUCAUCGGGAUGAAAAUAUUCCUCCAGCUGGGCGUAAGAGGACACACUCGGAGUCUCUCCGUCUUCACUCACUGGCGGCAGAGGUUUUAGUUGCUAUGCCUAUGAGGACCUCAGAGCUCUCUAUGGCCAGCAACAAAAUAAGUCUGAAGUCUACAACCGGCAUGGAACAGAGUCCAAACACAGGCCAGAAACCAGCAGAGGUUACAUCUACAACAGGACAGAAGCCUUCACAAGUGGGGACAACAGCCACUUUAUUGGACUUGGAACAUCGCGGUAAGGGCAGGGAAGAGGGAUUUGAGACCCUGGAGCUAGCAGAGGUAGAGCAGAGUCCUGCUACAAAAGCCGGCAUCAGCAUGUCUCUGCUCACUGUCAUUGAAAGACUCAGAGAGCGUUCUGACCAGAAUGCUUCUGAUGAAGAUAUCUUAAAAGAACUUCAGGAUAACUCUCAGAAUCGAGUACCAGCUGACACAGUCACGGGGAAUGGCCCUGGAAGCUACACAGGAGUGGACGGGGUGGUUGCUUCUGCUGAUGGGGGUCUUGUGGAGUACAUCCCCGGGGAAAGACCUUACAGGUGUCGCCUGUGCCUCUACAGCGGCAGCAACAAGGGCUGCAUUAAGCAUCACCUUCGCGUGCACAGACAGAGGCAGCCGUACCAGUGUCCCAUCUGUGAGCACAUCGCCUCAGACAGCAAGGACCUGCAGAGCCACAUGGUCCAUCACUGCAAGACCAGGAUGUACCAGUGCAAGCAGUGCCCAGACACCUUCUGCUACAAGAGUCACUUGAGGAGUCAUCAGAAGGAGCAUCACAGCUUCACCAAUGACCCAGCAGCCAAGAUGGAGGAGAAGGAGCCAGAACGAGUAACCGAUGAAGAGUGUAUCCUGCAGAAGAUGUACAAAUGUGAUGUGUGUGACUACACCAGCGCUACGUAUGUUGGCGUGAGGAACCACCGGCGGAUUCACAGCUGUGACAAACCCUAUCGAUGUUGUAGUUGUGAUUUUGCCACCACCAACAUGAAUAGCUUGAAGAGCCACAUGAGGAAGCACCCCGGGGAGCACCAGGCUGUUCAGCUUUUGGAGCAAUAUCGGUGCUUGCUGUGCGGAUACGUGUGCAGCCAUCCGCCGUCGCUGAAAUCCCACAUGUGGAAGCACGCCGGGGACAAGAACUACAACUACGAGCAAGUUAACAAAGCCAUUAACGAGGCCAUGUCCCAGAGCAGCCGUGCUCCUCAGAAGGUGGAGUUGGUGGCUGAGUGGCCUGUGGUGUCCCAGGCUUCAGUGGACAAAAGCAUGGGACAGAAGGAACCAAUGCCCACAUCAAGACAGGCAGCUGGUGUGGCAGUGGAAGGCUCGGUAUGCUUUUCUCCAGCCAACACAGACUCUUCACAGCGACCCAGUGAAGACCAAGGUCUCCAGGGUAAGGACCUUGCACAGAUUCAGGCACAGGGCCGACCGCAUCCUGGCCACGUACCUGUCUCAGGGCCAGGCCUGGAGUACUGCAUGCUUCUCUUUUGCUGCUGUAUCUGUGGGUUUGAGUCCACCAGUAAAGAGCGGCUGAUAGAGCACAUGAAGGAGCAUGAGGGAGACAUCAUCAGCAUCAUCCUGAACAAGGAGCAACCACCAGAACCACAGUUGAGCCUCCAAACCGCAGAGUGAGACCGCCCACUCUUUGUCCAGGUCUUGUCCGUCUAGGCUUUUAAUAAGCAUUUCAAUAUUGAUGUUUCUUACCUCGAGGUGAUUGUGCUUUUUUUUUUUUUUCUUUGUGGUAGUAUCAUUUCACUCCUGCUGCAGUGAAACCUGUUCUUCAGGUGCCAUUAUUUUUUUCAGAAUAUUUUCUCUCUUGACGGGAAGGCAAUAAUUUCAAAGUUUCUCGGCUGAGCUGGUGUUCCAAUACAUGCAUCUUGAAGACUUUUCUUUCAUAUUUGUGAUACGCAUCCAGUGCAGGAGAACUGUGGCAUAGUUUGACAAAUAAGAGAUAAAUGUGUUUAUCGGGCCGGCACUUUGGCUUCAAUGACAAACCCAAAUAGGAUUUUAACUCUACAGGGACAGUCCUUACCUCACAAAACCAUCUAAUCCCUCAUAUAAAAUGGAAAACUAUUUUUUCCAGUCUAAUUCAUAUGUUGACCGUAAGGCAGCUCUUUUACGGCUACUGUAACAUUUGAUGUAUUUAAUCUAGUGCAGUGGUGACUCAAGCGUUCAGUAGUUGCGGGGAGAAUGUUCCAAGUCUUUGAGUUUGUGCAUGCCAAUGGGCAUCGUUCGUAAGUUGACUAUGAUUUAAUAUUUAUCAUUUUUAUGCAUGUUUGUGUCCGUUACGCCAUUUAUAUGUUCACAGCUCUUGUUUGUAAUUCAAAUUUUUAAUGUUGUUUUCUUGAGUAGUGGCUUGUAAGGGAUGAAGGAUGUGUUGGUUCUCAAAGGACGUAUACAAGAAAACCAGAGGGAAGUAGAUGAUGUGCGAUGUUUGCAGCAUGCUUAACGUUUGGUUUGGUUAGCCAUGCGUAUCUGCAAAAGGAAAGUUGAGAAGAGACGUGGGAUAGUCCGUUUUAAGCCUGUUAUUUUAAUUGAAUGGUGCCUAAUGUUU